AUGGCCACUACGGUCGUUAUACCGGUGCUGGGCGAUAUGAGCUUCGUGCAGCUUGUGAUCUACAGGCUGGCUUUACUUGUCUUGUUCAUUCUCAUCCGACAGCGCUAUUUCUCCGUCAUCAGCGAUAUACCCGGUCCUGUUUUGGGCACCUGCUUCCAGCUCUGGGAGAUUUGUAGGGGCCGUUUCAAUGAGAAACUGGCUCGCCUCCACAGAGAACACGGCAUGAUACCUAUCCUACAACGAAGUCACGCCUCGACGAGCUCAGCCAGCAGAAGAAGCCUUUUGAACUCGGCCUCUAGCUCCACUUUCUCACGUGGGACAUCAUGGGCGAAGUCACGUUCUCCACGCGCGUCGGCUUCCUCGACCGAGGCCGCGACAUCGGAAACUCAAUCGAGAACAACUCCGGCCUGGCCCUCUACGUCACGUCGACCGCGUACGCGCACUGGCUACACACCCUCCUCCUCGGCAAUCCCAUUCUCCGCUGGCUUGAUUUUCCAACCCAAAGAGCACACCUUCAACACGACCCUGAACGCCAUAGCUGCACGCGAGAAGAACACCGAAGCCAGAGCUGACAUGACGGAGCAAUGGAUGGGCCAGCAGGCGCGAUAUCCCCAUCGCAUGACCGAGAAAGAUGUCCUGUGCGGCGCUAUGAGCAAUCUGGGCGCCGGUGGCGACACGGUGGGAUCGGUCCCGCAGGCUUCCUUUUACUACUUGCUGAAAGAAAACCCCGUCCAUCUGCGACGCCUGCGCGAAGAAGUCGACACCGCUCAAGCGGCAGGGCUACUGUCUCCGGUGGUCUCGAACGCCGGGGCGCUGUAG